GCCCGUGACGUCAGGGCAGGAAGUGUUUGAGGAAGUACCGCUGGGCUGGCUGCGUGGGGACCCCGAGUUUUCAUGUCCUCAGCGGGUGUCGCUGGCGGCCCCGAGGCCCCCGGGGCAGAGUUAGCAGGGCACCGAUAUGAGCUGGUCACCUUCCCUCCCAACCCAGACAUGUGGGGCCUGGGAAAUGAAAGAACGCCUCGGGACCGGGGGAUUUGGAAACGUCAUCCGGUGGCACAAUCAGACGACAGGCGAACAAAUUGCCAUUAAGCAAUGCCGGCAGGAGCUCAGCCCGAAGAACAGAGAUCGCUGGUGCCUGGAGAUCCAGAUCAUGCGAAGGCUGAACCAUCCCAAUGUGGUGGCUGCCCGGGACGUCCCAGAGGGGAUGCAGAACUUGGCCCCCAAUGACUUACCUCUGCUGGCCAUGGAGUACUGCCAAGGAGGAGAUCUCCGAAGAUACUUGAACCAGUUCGAGAACUGCUGUGGCCUGCGGGAAGGAGCCAUCCUUACCCUACUGAGUGACAUCGCGUCGGCACUUAGAUACCUUCACGAAAACAGGAUCAUCCAUCGGGAUCUGAAGCCAGAAAACAUCGUCCUGCAGCAAGGAGAGAAAAGAUUAAUACACAAAAUUAUUGAUCUAGGAUAUGCCAAGGAGCUGGAUCAGGGCAGCCUGUGCACUUCAUUUGUGGGGACUCUGCAGUACCUGGCUCCGGAGCUCCUGGAGCAGCAGAAGUACACCGUGACCGUCGACUACUGGAGCUUUGGCACCCUGGCCUUCGAGUGCAUCACCGGCUUCCGGCCCUUUCUCCCUAACUGGCAGCCCGUGCAGUGGCACUCCAAAGUCCGGCAGAAGAGCGAAGUGGACAUCGUUGUGAGUGAAGACUUGAACGGAGCAGUGAAGUUCUCAAGUUCGUUACCCUUCCCCAAUAAUCUUAACAGUGUCCUGGCUGAGCGCCUGGAGAAGUGGCUGCAGCUGAUGCUGACGUGGCACCCUCGGCAGAGGGGCACGGACCCCCAGUACGGCCCCCACGGCUGCUUCCGAGCCCUGGACGACAUCCUGAACUUGAAGCUGGUUCAUAUCUUGAACAUGGUCACCGGCACCAUUCACACAUACCCCGUGACGGAGGAUGAAAGUCUGCAGAGCUUAAAAACCAGAAUCCGGGAAGACACAGGAAUCCUGGAGACAGACCAGGAGCUGCUGCAGGAGGCAGGGCUGGUGCUGCUCCCUGACAAGCCUGCCACUCAGUGCAUCUCAGACAGCAAGACAAAUGAGGGCCUCACGUUGGACGUGGAUCUCGUUUUUCUCUUUGACAACAGUAAAGUCAACUAUGAGACUCAGAUCACCCCUCGACCCCAGCCGGAAAGUGUCAGCUGUAUCCUUCAGGAGCCCAAGCGGAACCUCUCCUUCUUCCAGCUGAGGAAAGUGUGGGGCCAAGUCUGGCACAGCAUCCAAACGCUGAAGGAAGACUGUAACCGACUGCAGCAGGGACAGCGGGCCGCCAUGAUGAAUCUUCUUCGGAACAACAGCUGCCUCUCCAAGAUGAAGAACGCCAUGGCUUCCAUGGCCCAGCAGCUCAAGGCCAAGCUGGAUUUCUUUAAAGCCAGCGUCCAGAUUGACCUGGAGAAGUACAAAGAGCAGACUGAAUUUGGAAUCACAUCAGAUAAACUGCUGCUGGCCUGGCGGGAAAUGGAGCAGGCUGUGGAGCAGUGUGGGCGGGAGAACGACGUGAAGCAUCUGGUAGAGCGGAUGAUGGCACUACAGACUGACAUCGUGGACCUGCAGAGGAGUCCCAUGGGUCGAAAGCAGGGGGGCACCCUGGAUGACCUAGAGGAGCAAGCACGGGAGCUCUAUAGAAGACUCAGGGAGAAGCCAAGAGACCAAAGGACAGAAGGGGACAGCCAGGAAAUGGUACGGCUGCUGCUUCAGGCAAUCCAAAGCUUCGAGAAGAAAGUGCGGGUGAUUUAUACCCAGCUCAGUAAGACCGUGGUUUGUAAGCAGAAGGCACUGGAGUUGCUGCCCAAGGUAGAAGAGGUGGUGAGACUUAUGAACGAGGAUGAGAAGACCGUGGUCCGGCUUCAGGAGAAGCGGCAGAAGGAGCUCUGGAACCUCCUGAAGAUCGCCUGUAGCAAAGUCCGAGGUCCAGUGAGUGGGAGCCCAGAUAGCAUGAACGUGUCUCGACUUAGUCACCCUGGUCAGCUAAUGUCCCAGCCUUCCAGCACCUGUGACAGCUUACCUGAAGCCGACAAGAAGAGCGAAGAACUGGUGGCCGAAGCACACGCCCUCUGCGCCCGACUAGAAAGCGCGUUGCAAGACACCGUGAAGGAACAGGACCAGAGCUUCACGACUCUAGACUGGAGCUGGUUACAGACGGAGGAUGAAGAAAGGUGUAGCCCGGAGCAGGCCUGUGACUGAGGUGCCCAUGAGCUGGUCCGUGGUUCUGCAUGUGAUGAUGUUCUGGUCUCUCCAGGUGGAACUCUCCCUCUGCCAGCCGCUGCAAUGCUUGCCUGCAGCAGCCUAGGCUGGCCCUGUGUACACACUGGACGCCCUCCACCACAGAAGCACAACAGUGCAGGUCACAAGCACUUGCAGCAAGCGCUUCAUAGCUGCUGUACAGAGAAAGCCACACAGAGAAAUGACAAAUGUCUACCUUGAGUGCCUCCAGACAGCAGACAGCCCGUCCCCUCUGGACUGCUGGGGGAGGGAGCCCUGCCCUGCCCGUCCCUCGGCACCGUGCAGCUGGAACAUCACCAGGACCCAGCUUCCUUAGACAUUUAGUCACAGGUUUGGCAGUCCUGUGUCUGUCUUCCUCUUCACUUCUUCCUGGGUAAAUGUUUCUACCUUCUGUGCUGGUUGUUGCAGCAAAUGACCUUUGACUAUGUUGUAGUGAUGUUGAUGCCAAGCUCCCUACUGCCUCUGCUCCAGCCAGGCAGAACAGAAAUGCAUCUACACGUCUUGAGUCCCAAAGAUUACCUGGAAUCAAUUGUCAUGGAUGAAAAAGAAAGAGGAAGGUCUUACGCCAACUACUGCCCUACUGAACACUCUGUGACUCCUGGGUACCUGUCAGGUGUGUGCGGAUAUUGCUGCCUCUUAAAUUAACUAGCAGCCUUAUUAAAUUGAUUCAUUUUAUAAAUAGUUUCUAUUUUUGGUUAACAUUACUCAGAUAUGUAUCCUGGGCUCAAGGGUCUAUUUCCACAGUUACCAUACUUCUGAGCUCAAAUUUCAACGUCAUGGGAAACUUUGUAAAAUUUGAAUAGUAUGUCUAGAUCGUGAGCCAUUUUAACAUCACACAAAACUUGUGUGUUUGCCUGCAUGUGUGUGUAUAAAAGCAAAACAGGCUCAGGUUAUCAUAAACAGGUAUAUUUGAUUAGAGAAUAAAUAAAAUUGGAACAGAGAAAUGUCAGAGCGGCCACCGCAGAGACAGUAUGAAGCAUCAAUGGUCAAAGGAGUCCAGAGGUGCUGUGUGCUCUGUUUCUUAGAGGUUGACUGUGCACUGGUAAGCUGUCUUUAAACUCUGACAAUAAAGGUGCUGGCUCAAGCUCAGCGUGAAUUCA